AUGGCCAACGUUACUGGUGUUUUAUUGUUUUUUGGACUCAUAACUUCCCUUCAAUUCGUGAACACAGAUGUCCUGCAAGAAUAUGAGUUAGGAAAAAUUCUGAGUCCUCUGGGAGCCCAUUUCUUCGAUCACUUCCACGAUGAAAGCCUUCGACGAGUUUCUAGUAAAGCGAAUUUAGAGUGUACGGCGGACAUAACUGAAGUUGAGAAUGGUAUCUCUUCCCGGAGGGCUUGGGCUUUAAAAAUGAUGGACUCGUGGGGAUUCAUUCCCUCUGGAAUUCUUACCGGAGAAACUUUCGAUCUGGGUAAUUUCGAUGAAUGCCUUUCCAUCGCGCAUGUCACAGAGUCCAAUCGAAAAAUUAUUGGCAAGUACUGCUUUCUUGUUGCUAAAAGAAUCAAGAUUGCAACUUGCUUUCCGGCUUCGUGUUCGGCUGGUGACAUGACUCCAUUUGUGAAUAAUAUUAUUCAGAACACAUUGAACACCAGCAUCAGUAUUAAAAUCAGUGAAAUUAGUUGCCAAACAAGUGAAGGAGCACCUUGGGAUGUCCUGACUGUCUUUACAAUAGUGAUAUUGUCAGUACUAAGCCUUAUAGUGAUUCUUGCAACGGUCUACGACUACUUUUUCUGCGAGAAUCAAGAUGAAAUUCCAAUCAUCGUAAAGUCAUUUUCGGCUAGAGCCAACUCCCGAUCUCUUUUUCGUAUCGUGGAUAACAAAUCAAACCCAAAUAUAAUAGAGAGUCUUGAUGGAAUCCGCUGCAUGUCACUUAUCUGGGUGGUUUUCUCCCAUGAAUUUAUUUUCGCUACCACAGCUCCCAAUUUAAAUAUGAAUGAUCUUCUUAAGUGGGCCCAACAACCAUUUGCCAGUUUUGUGGUACAUGGAUAUUUCUCGGUGGACUCAUUUUUUGUUCUUGGAGGCUUACUGGUGUCCAUGAUUGUGUUACGGACUAUGGAGAAGUCUAAGGGAAAACUUAAUCCCCUUAUGAUGUAUCUGCAUCGCAUCAUCCGCAUCGUGCCUGUCGUGGCCAUGGCCAUACUCAUUUACAUGACAAUGAUGCCAGUUGUAAGUGGAGGACCAAUGUUUAAAGGUGGAUACCAUGGAACCUUUAUCUGUGCAAGGAACUGGUUCUGGACGUUGCUUUUUGUCCAAAACUAUGCAGUGCUAGACAUUUGUCUUGACCACACAUGGUAUCUGGCGGUCGAUAUGCAAUUAUAUAUAAUAUCUCCGCUUCUGCUGAUCGCUAUCUACAAAUGGGGUAAAAAGGCUGCUGCAGGAAUUUGUGUGUUAAUAGUUCUUCUUUCGGGCUGCCUCUUUGCCACUCAAAUGAUUAACAAUUAUUCUCUGCUUAUAAGAAAUGAAGAUAAAGACGGAGUGGCCAAUAAAAAUUUAUACUUUGCCACACACACCCACGCGGCACCUUGGCUGAUUGGCUUUCUAUUUGGAUACUUCUUGCAUCUGAAUCGUGGAAAGAAGUUCCAGCUUUCAAAGUUAAUGGUGUGGGCUGGUUGGCUUUUCAGCCUGACCAUGCUGUUCACUUCGAUCUUCGCGCUCUACCCAGCUGGAAAGUUUGAUGCUCCGCCACUUUCUACAUUCGCGGAAUCCUUCUAUUACACCCUGACCCGACUGGCUUGGCCAUUGGCCAUUUGCUGGAUCAUAUUUGCCUGCAUGCAAGGGUAUGGAGGCUUGGCCAAUAGUCUUCUCUCGUCCCCACUGUGGCAGCCUUUUUCCAGGCUCUCGUAUUCAAUGUACGUCUGGCACAUGUUCGUCCAGGAAGUUAACUCAAGAAGUGUGCGAACCACUACAUAUUUCUCAACCUACCAAAUGAUGCUUAGUUUCUGGCGAGACUUGGGUCAUACCCUGCUGAUGUCGUAUGUCUUGUAUCUUAUUGUUGAGGCACCUCUAAGCGGGUUUGAUAGUCUAUUACGAGGGCGCAGAGAAUCUCCAGCGCCAAGUAACCCCAAACUAAUAGCAGACCAGAGUGAGGAUAUAAAAAACAAAAAUACAGAAAUAGAAAAUCUGACAGUAACUCAGAAUAGAACUAAUGCUUAA